AUGGAAUCCGUGCGUCAAAAAGUGCGCCCAAAGCACCAAGUGCUCAUCCUCAAAUGCUUUCCACGCUAUCAAAAAGGCGUCCUCGAUGUGAAACCAAAUGGAAGUGAACUUUCCUACCUACUGUACUACGCUAGUACGCGUCGAAGCAAACUGCAAAAAGUGGGCGCUUUCUUGGAGAAGAAGGCUGCGCGGGACGUGUCAAGGAGACGAAUUGGGAAUGUCCAAGUGAUUCUUCAAAUCCUUUCGGCUCUCGUAGAGAAGCUACCCCGUGAAUUACCGCUCUAUGGACAUUCGGUAUUGAAUGUUCUUGAAAUAGUUCUCCGGUCUCAUGACAUUGCGAUGGUAGAAGAAACCCUACAAACAUUCGAGACAUUUUGCAGUCACCAAGAUCUCGCAGUUCUAGCUGCCGAACAACGGUAUGCAACGCAGCUUGAAGGCUAUAAAGAGUAUGUCAGCUCGGAAGGUCUCAACGCCGAUGGCGGAAAGCAGCUUGCCUGUAUCGUGCCAGUCAUCUUGGAGAAUGUGUAUGACGGCGGUGAAGAGCUUUUGGAUUCAUUACACCGAACAGCACAGAACAAUGAAAAAUCUGUUCCUGAGCAGAUUAGACGUCGCCGUGCAAGUACAGUGACCGUGCAGACUGUGGAUACUACAGACGGAAACGUAGCCGAAGCUUCCGGCACUACAGCUGAUGCAGACAAAGCAGCGGAGUUGGAGGUUCGACUCCUUGCGAUCAAAUGCUUAGAACAGAUAUUCGUUGUUAGCAGCAAUCGUCCACAGAUACGAACAGCAGCAGGCCUAGUGUUAAACUUCAUUGUGGAUAAGGAUGGAGACCACAAGUCUGAGACAGCGCCACAAGACUAUGGCAAAUGGGCCAAUUCCUUGAUGGACAUUAUCACGAAAUGGUGUCCCGUUCAAGAUCGGUUCAUCGUUCUUUUCACGGCUGUUGAAAUAUUACGAGGAAUAUCUGCUGACGGCCAGCCUGUUGAUCAACAGAUAGUUAUGGCUUCAUUGAUUGACUCACUGUUGAAAUCGCCGGUGAAUAUGAUUGGGUUGAGUGUGAUUGAUGUUUUGGUGGGAUUCGUCCAGCACAUACUACGUUUGCUCCAAGCUCCUUCGCCAUCGAGUCAGCCUAGCCAAGGCGAUUCAGCGAUACGCAGAGAUUCUAACACAAACGAUACGACUCAGCAAGAGACUACUAUUACUGGUGAACAUGUGAAGCUGGUCUCACUGCUAAAGCAAUGUAUUGCUGACCUCGCCACGCAUAACUACUAUGCCGAUCAGAUUUCUGAUAUGGUUCUUACCCUUUUGAGGCGUAUUCGCCCGCUAGCCCCUCCAGAUAUCACAGCAGGCACAUUGUCAAAGAUAAUUAGUGAGCCCAACGCAUCAACGAACAAUAUAUCCAUCUUGACUGGCGAACGACAGGCAGAGAAUUAUUUCUAUUCAACAGUUUCACGGAUAGUGGCCCUUGAGGCCGUCAAAGAUAUUCUUGGGGUCGCCAACCAGAGGAAAACCACAACAGGCCCAGAAAUUGAGUCGCGAAACAGAGUUGGUCUGCAGGUAUGGGAAGGAACGCAUUGGCUUCUGCGUGAAUCCGAUCGUCAUGUGCGUAACGCAUACGCCGAUGCAUUUAUAUCUUGGCUUGAACUCGAGACCACCAAGAUCGAUCUCAAGGUUGUAGACUCGAACAACAGACUUUCCCGGGCUCAAUCCAAACGUGAACAUGAAGGUUAUAAACGGAAUACAUCCUCGGCAGCAGUUGAUAAGACAUACACUCAUGCGUCUUCUGUUUUCCUUCAGCUUUUGCAUCUGUCGCUCUACGAGACGGCUGUCGAAUAUGCAGAUAACCAGGAAGACAUAUUGGUGGCUUAUAUAGUGCUCGUUCAAAUGGUCGAGAAAUUAGGUGUCAAUGCUGUGCGUUUUGGACUUCCUAUGGUCUUGAAACUGCAGAGUGAAUCGUUCGCUACAGUUACAUCUCAGGUCCAUAUUGGAAGUUUAGUUUAUGGCUACUUGGCCGCACUGACUGAAAGAUUUACUUUCAGCUCUUCCAGGCUCGGUUCUGCAAUAUCCGCUGAGAUAUCUAGACGACAGAAGAACAAUGCAUGGCUUGAGAUGGUUCAGUAUCCGCCUCUUCCUAUGAAUCAAAUUCCAUCAUCGGCCACCGGAAGCCUCAGCAGGCCGGAUCUCCAAGAGCCUUUGCGACCGUUUACUGCUGUGGAAGACCUCGUUAAGCACAUUGAGGAAGCUUACAAUGCAGCUCUUGCCGCUCCUCAAAGUCCUCCUGGCUCACCCGGGAAGCAUGUUGCCUCUCAAAGUACUGGAUACGGGUAUUUUAACAGUGCUCAGACUCCAGCAACUCUACCCGUCGAUGUCAAAGAAGACAUGCUUUCUACCUGGUCCAAAGAAGCCUCUAUAGCAGUCCUGGAGCAGGAGAAGGCGCGGGCCUCAUCUGUGGCCGGAUCAAGAAACGGUACCUCUGCAAGGCGAAGUUAUGUGAGUCAUUAUCCGAACGGCUAUAUUUCCAAUGAUGGGGGUUCGCCUACUAGUCUCAACCGAAACAAUCAGAACACCACAGGGCCGGUACCAGGCAGCUCGUCGAGUUCUCAGGGCUAUCGUUACUCCGGUAAUCAGGCAGCAGAUGGUGCUUCUGGAAUAUCAAGCAGAGACUCGACUAUCCGAGUUAACGACCUGAAGAGAAUGCUGACAGUGACCGGAAACUCCAACGUCCGUCGCUCCAGUCCGCUACGAGGUCGUCUAGACGCAAGCAACAGCAGCGUCCUCACUUCAAGUAGUGAAAGCUUUCUUAGCGGAACAUUUUCCGCGUCGGAUUUUGACCUAGAAAGCAGACCGCAAUCCGUCCGUGAGGGCUCUGAGACACCCAAAGCUGCUUCUGCUCCAAUCACGAGUUCAUACUCAUCGACAAACGUUAGCAACUACGACAAUAAUAGCAUUCCGCCAGUACCACCUCUCCCUUCAGGACUCGUCAUUCCCGGUGGGUUCCCCGAUACCAGCUCAACCGACUUAUCUCGACAAAGCUCAUCACGCUCCGACGGCCGGUCCUCUGUCAUAUCACCUGGUCAAAUAAAACCCGGCGGCUCCAUCAAGGGGAAAAGUAACGGAUCAACAGUCAAUCGAUCACUAAGCGGUAAACGAACUCGGUCAACCACCAGUCUCCACAAAGCCGCUAGCCUGAGGCAACAGCAGCAAGAAGGAUCCGCUGGCGCGGGCACAGAGAACAGCAGCGUCAGAUUGGAUAUCGAGAAACUGCUCGAUGGUGUUCUGCCGCGCGAUAACAGUACCACCACCACGACUUUGAGCUUUGUUGAUCAGAAUGGAGGCACUCGGAGGACAAGUGGUGGUAUUGGACGACCUCCAUACUGAUCAAUCGUUCUAUAAUAUUCUUUGAUUUUUUUUUUGAGUCCCCCUUUUAAGCUUUUUCUUUGUAAUCAUCCCUUGCCUAUCGCAUCGUGCAUAUACAUAGCAGCAUCCUUUUAUUGGCCUUCACUCUUUUUGACUUCUCCUUCUUACACUUAUCGAUAUUUAUUAUAUUUAUGUCAAUAUUGAUUACUACUCAACUUCCAUCUUGGAACAUGAAAUCUUCUUAUUAAUGAUAUGUCAGACCAUCAGUCAGUCAGGA